AUGGCAGAACUGUCUACUGAGGUGGUGCUCCACGGAAUCAUUCGGCCGUACCUGUGCUCCACUUCCAAGUGCGCGCUCCAGCGGACUUGCAAUCAGAUGCACCGCCUUUUGGACACGCCAGACGCUUGGGAGACCCUGGACUUGCGAGCGCAUGUUAUCGGCAGGCGCACCAUGAAGUCCGGUCGUCAGUCCAUUCUGAGCCGGCAGCCCCUCUUUUUUUUAGCACGCAGUGUCGUGCAGCAGCCGCGUUUCUCGCUUCUGAAGACGGUGGACAUGCAAGGCCUCAAUCUUGGAGCCAUGGGAUCAACGCCCGACCUGCUGGUGACGUUGUUCGAGAGCUGUCGCCACAUCACCACCCUUAACCUCUGGAAGACCUACGUCGAGGACGAGAGAUUGCCGCAGCCGCAGUUCUCGGUGGAGACCGUUAUCGCGCAGCACCUCCCAGGAGUGCACCACUUGGCGCUGGAGGUGGAUGCUUCCAACCGGGGGCUGAGGGUGCUUCUCGAAGGCUGCACCAGACUGAAAAGCCUACACAUUGGCAGCAGGAGCAACCAGGCGGGAGACAGUAUCAGCAUGUACCCAAACGAUCUCGGCAUGAAGGCUUUUACCGCGGUGGGGGCCCCGUAUUUGGAGACCCUUACUCUUGUGGACAAGGUCAACAUCGGCGCUGCUGGGCUGCGUUGUUUGCUCAACCCGUCUGCGUGCCCCCGGCUGCGCACGCUUACCCUCGUGAGAACUGGCCGCGUCAACGACCACUGCCUCAAGGCCAUCGCGCCGGCUAUGGGUCGACUGACGUCUCUCACCCUCGAUCAGUGCCCGGUAAAGCCUUCCACGGUGCAGUUCAUCCUCGACAAAUGCCCCGAGCUCACGAGCAUGGUGGUCUCCACCCAGCACGGACUUCUCCAGCAGCCACAGGACGGCCGAGCCCUACUGGAAUAUCUCCUGGCUCAGGGUCCGUCAAGGCUAUCAAAGAUUGAGGUGCAACGGCUAUCAGCGAGAGGAUCGGUCUUGGGAAAUGUCCCUUAUUGGCUGGUGCAAGACCCGGGGCUCUGCGCGACUGUCUUGGAAUGGAUUAGUCCCCGCAUAGUGAUUGGUCCGGCCGAGACAGCGGAUGAACGCAUUGCGCCCUUCAUGGCAGGCCGGGAUCCAUGACGAGCCGAGCACCUGCUUGCUGUGGAGAGAUGGACGGUGUACAGCCUCGUCCCUGUAUAUUAUACUACAGCGCCAAGGUGCAUACGGCCCCUGCGGUUAAAGAUAAGCCCAAGACUCUACGUAAUGGGCGGCGGCAAAUCUGCUGUCCAGCUGUAGGGACACGAGGUUGGGGGUGAACCGCCGCCGGCGCUCUUGUAGUUGUUGUUCCACGGCCGGUCGUGGUUGGAGGGAUGAUGAGUGUUGCAAUCACGCCUUUUGAUGUAGUCUACUGAUGG